GUUUACUCCGAGUAACAACACGUCUUAUAUUGCUGAAAGGGUUACGGUAUAUCAAAGAUGAAGGUGGCUGCUUUUUCGCUCAUGCUCUUCGGAUUUGUAAAGGUCGUCUCUGCGUCCGAAUGCGAUAGUGCAUACGAAACCGUGACGACCUGUCUGGCUAACCUGGAGGAAUUACCGCUAUACGCUGACGAUUUUGUCGAAUCUUUACACGACGAGGAGAAAAAGGAUCUUUUUUGCUGUGCUUUUGAGGACCUGGAUAACUGCGUUGAUCGCCACAUGGUAGGAAACUGUGCUAGCCUUGCGAGUACAGUUCGCAACUACGGACGCGAGAUGGUCCUCAACGAACUCGAACGCGAAUAUGGAAAGCUGCCCUGCGGAGCAGAUCCGAAGGAAAGGUGCAGGCCUAUGAGAUCCCGCGUAGGCCUGUAAGAGCUGAUUGCCUCUCAUUCUGCACCGAUAACCUCCCGAUUAAAUUGCUGUUGUUGCACA